CUUCCCACUCCGACGAUCCCUCGGUCACGGUUCCCUACUCGCUUCUCGGCUGAAGCGGAUUCCGACAUCGGUUGGACUGAAAUUUGCAGAAACGGGAAGCGCGUCUUCCAGGAAGUCGUUCUCUUCAUCAGUCACUUCAUCGGCGGCGGAUCGUCUCAGCCUUUCUGUCAAUCUCUAAGAAAAAGCUUCUAUUCUCCUGCUGCUGCUGCAGCAGCCGGCAGGCGACAAUGCACGGCCGCCCUCGUAAGCCUCUGAAACUACAGGAAGCUUGCUGUUCAGCAGAAUCUCCGACAGUGCGAAUCGGAUCCCGAAUCUGUUAAUUCGAUUCUCAAUGAAGAACUUAAUGUGGUGUGUAAUUUACUUGAAAAACCACUGGGAGUGGGAUUGAAAUUUCCUGUUAUUAUGUGUGAAACUGAAAUUGGAAUCCCCAAGCAAUCUAUGCUUGGUUUUCCUUUUUGGGUUCAUUUUACCUUGUCUAGUGUUAUGAGAAUAGUAUUUGUAGGUGGAGAAUGCAUUGAGGCAAAAUUUCAAGUCGUAUGGAGCUUGGCACCAUAGGAAAUGGGUGCUGGACAAAGGGCAUUCCUCCAUGGAUAAGGAGUUAGGGCUUUUGGACAAGCUCCAAGCCAUGGAUGCACGGAAUUUUCAUGCUUGGAAUUACCGCAGAUUUGUGGCAGCAUUGAUGAAACGAUCGGACGAGGAUGAACUAGAGCACACCGAAAAUAUGAUUGACAAGAACCUCAGUAACUAUUCUGCCUGGCACAAUCGCAGUGUGCUUCUGUCAAAUUUGAUGAAGAAGGCGGCUCCAGGAUUUACUAACAAAGAAGAGGUUUUAACAAGGGAGUAUGAAUUGGUAUGUGAGGCUCUUUUCACUGAUGAAGAUGACCAAAGUGGCUGGUUCUAUCAUCUUUGGCUUCUUGAUCAAACUGUCAGAUCUGAUUUCCCUCUGCUUGUCUCUUCAUGGCCUGUCGAAGGUUCUGAUAUUUUCCUGCCAGCAGCUGAUUGUCUGGAUGGUUGUGCUUCUAUGAAUGUGUUCCAUUACAGUUCCAGAAAUUUUCCUCUCGUUCUUUACUUCAACCAAUCUGUCGGAGGUGUAAACUCAUCUACUGUCAGUGUUUCGUGUGGGUUUAACCUAAACGCUGAUCUGAUCUGGAAACCUCUUUCUUCGAAUGACUCUCAAUGUGCAAAAGUUUGGGCUACACGUUUAGCCAUCCCUGAUGCUGAGCUUCAUUCUUCAGAACCUUACCAGGUGGAGGUUAAAGUUGGAUAUUCACUAGGAAUUGUUUCAACUACUGGUGUAGCAUAUAGCCAUCCUUCUCAGACUUCAUUUCAACUGCACUUACAAAAGCCCCCACUUGAAUCUGGACACGAGUCAAGGUUAGGGAAAAUUCAGUGGAAAGAUGAUUGUUUUGCUGAUUAUGAAUCUGGUUCUGCAGAACCUGAUUUGGUUAACCUUCUUCUUGACAAUCUAACAAUCAAGAAUGAGGUAGGGCCAACAGCUUCAACAUGGCAAGCAAGAAUCAUUGAUUACGAAACUAAUAUUUUUCGUGACUUAUUGGACUGCAAAAUUGGGAUGCUGACAGUGGCCAGGCUGUUGACUGCUUACGAUUUGUUGAGACCUUUGGACAAACCAGUCCAUUGUGAGGAAGUUUUAGAGCUAUACAGUGAGCUAAUGAAGUUGGACCCUACUCACUAUAGAUAUUACAAAGAUAACCACAGCUUGGUUUUAUUGCAACAGGUGACAUCUAGUAAGGAAUCUUUGCUGAGUCAUUGUUUUCACUAUAGGGACUCAACUCUGUCAACCAGUGGGGGUCCCUUGUGUUUGCGACUAAACAACUUAGCAAUUUCACAAUUGGGAUCUUUUGGGAAGUUGCUAUGGGUUCAAGUGUUAGACCUCAGCAACAAUGGACUUCAAUCGAUUGAAGGAUUGGAGGCUCUGCAACGUCUCUCACAAUUGUGUUUGAGGAACAACAAAUUCAGGAGUUUUACUGCUUUGGAGUCUCUGAGAUAUUUGAAGUCACUGAAAGUGUUGGAUAUUUCGCAAAACGAAAUAGGUUCUCAUUCCAUCGACACCACUAGAUAUCUAUUCCGUUCUCCAUUGUCCCAUUCAAUGGGAAGUUGUGAUGGGAAUAUCAAUGAUCUCAGUUCAAAAGCCUACUGGGAAGCUUUUUUCGUUCUCAAAGACAUGGGGCUGACUCAGUUGGACAUGGCUGGGAAUGCAAUCGCUAGUGGAAGUUUUAAUGUGUUCCUGGAAAAGCUCCUGCCCACUCUCAAGUGGCUGGAUGGUGUACAAGUAAACUAAUUUUCAUCAUGGUGGGAGAUCUCAGGCGGAAGCAGGUAAAAAGCCUAAAAUACUGCUGUUGCUGCUUCUCUGUAAUUACCAUGCAUUUCCUGUUUCCAAGUUGACGUUGCAUUCUGACCCAUAAUUCACACAGGUGAGCAAGUUUACUUGCCGAGGUGAAUAUUAACUAGACUGAUGUGGCGGGAUGAGGAGCAAGCUUCAGCGGCUAGUGCUACAGGUAUAAGGACUCUCUGUUAAGAACUAGGUAUGAGGUCAUUAAGAAGCUUGACUGACUUCCAUCCAGUGGUAUAGCCUGCAUUAGGAAGAUGGAAUCAUCCAAUACAUAGGGUUGAUAGACUUUUAUGCUAUUCGUUGAUUUUCUUACACUUCGAUGAUAUGAUAUAUGAUGGAACAUCUUGCCCUAGUCAUUGGUCUCUUGAGUCUUGACUUUCACAGUUGCACCCCCGCCAGGAUUCCAGGAGUCAAGUACGAAGGCUUUCUUUUGGGUUGAAAACUGCUACAUGAUUGCCCGACUUUUUUGUUGCUUGGUUAGGGGACUUAUGUGCUAGAAGCUAUCAUGUUUCAUAAUCCGCUCGCGUCAGAUACGACCAGCCAGCAUGGUCGAUACGAUACGAGCCACCUUCAACGGCUCGCAAGAAGGAACAGAUCGUGCUGGCUGGUCCUAUUAACUCUCGAAUUCAUUUCCGGGCAGUCAUGAUAACAUCAGAUUACUAAGCUAAACAUUCCAAAUUGUAAUCAUAAUAAUGCCAGCACUGGAACCUUACAGGGUCUUAUUAAAUAUGCCUACAACCAGCCUACAUUGGGCAUUCAUGCUAGUCUAUCUACAUCUACCCAAUAAAAAUGAGAAAAUUUG